CGUCGAUCGAGUUCGUUCCAUCCCGAGAAGCCGAUCUGAUCGUGAUCCGAUCAUUCGGCAGGUAGCAUCCGUGGAUCGUGGAGCUCUGUAACCAACUACGUCAGAGACAAUCUAGCUCAGAUCCAAACUUCUGGAUCGCCCUUCCCAGAGUUGAACCCUACACCACCCUUCUCUCCAGCCGGUUCCUUUUCAUGUCAUCAUCCCGCCGCCGCCCUCUCGCUCUCUUUCCUUUCUCUUUGCAUUUCCAGGAUAUGACUGUCGCCGCUGAGAGUCCUCAUCUUUUACACCCCGACGUUAUCUUAUCAUGGCCACUGUCGAACAGCCUCCUGUGCAGCGCAUUCCGCGUUCCCGGUCCGCCCGGUUAGCGGAUCAAGCUGCGACAGCUGCGCUUUAUGUGACGCACCCCGAGCGCAGGCUAUCCAUCCGUGAACCCGCGGCGACAGCCGAGACCGAACAACUCAACAUCAAAGCGACAGGGUCCCGUCCCAGCUUCAGUCAUGCAUCAGCGGUCGCUGCUCUGGCCCAUGCUAAGAACAGACAAGUCGAGAAGCAGGCAGUUUAUGACGUGCAGGUCCAUCGAGGCUCGUUGGAUGGAACCAGCGAGCAUGGUUAUAAGGCUGCACUGCAUGCCGUUCGAGAUGGCCGCCCUUCUGGAUCAGUCGACCUAGGCAGAGGCAUGUCGGUGACAGACCAAAGGGUCGAAGCCCAGCGUGGUCCAGCUCAGAAGGGAAGGGCCAUCAAUGCUGCGUCGGGCGCCUUCAAGAGCAGGAAUAGGGCUGACUCUGCACCGUCUGACGCGCCGCAUAGCGUGUCGUUCGCUGAAGAUAGCGAGGCUCCUAGUGACAUCGGUCAUUCGAUAGGAGUAGGUAAGCUCGAUCGAGUGGCGAGUAACAACGCCCGGCUAUAUACCGCUUCGCCGCCCGUCGCUCCUGAGGUGGAAGAGCAGCGCAAGAAAAGCGUUGUACAGGCCGCUGCGAUAUCAAUGGCGCAGGAAAUGUACCAGAUUACAGGACCGACGGGUGAGGGCGGGACCGGAGCGCCCCGGAAACAAUCCGGACCACUGCAGCAGGCGAUAAAUUUGCAGGAGACGGCUCAGAGAAUUGCUGCCGAGAAGCUGGCUGCCAUGGAGGAUGAGAAUGCACUUUAUCGAGAGUACUAUGCUGUUAAUCCGGAGGAAGUCCGUUCCGAAACUCCAACGCGGAGGCGGAGACUCUCCGUGGACUCGGACAGCACCUCGGGGUUCGACGUGGACCGGUCCAGGCAUAUCAGAUUUCAGAUGUCCAGUCUGCGGUCGAGACUCGACGCAGUGGACGAAAAGCGAGAGACUGACCGGUCUAUGCUACUGGAAGCUGCGAGGAGAAACGUCGAUGCAACCAUGAGGGACAUGGAAAUGCGCGUUUAUGCUGAAACCGGCCGUGCGCCGCCUUCCAUGCAGAGAGAUUGGGAGGAUGCGGCCCUGAUGCGUGCUCGAAAGGAUGUCCUGGGCCGGGAGACGGAGUCGAUCCACGCAGAGAAAGUCGACCUUGGAGCCAAGAAGUACAUGGAUAUGGCUGAUAUCGAGGCCGUUGCCCGCUCGCGGUUGCAGCCCACUUUGAACGAGAUCACAGACCGUGCAGAGGGACAGAGGGCCAGGGAGUUGGAGAAACGCCUGGAUGAAGAAGAAAGGGAAAGAUAUGAAGCCAUCUACCGCGAGCGCGAGGCCGAGUUGAGAGCCGAAGAGAAAGAACAGAAAGCCUAUAUGAAAUACAACUCGAAGAACGUCGAGGAGAAAUCUUGGCCAUGGAGGAGAAAAUCCAGACAAGACGAGCAAGAAGCUUUCGCUUCCGGCGCAGUCUCGGGUUAUGGUGGCGCGGAGGCUAAGUCCGAGUCCAAAUUCAAAUCCUGGUUUAGAGGCAAGCGUGGUUCCCGUUCUAGCAUGACCGCGCCUGAGACUUCGAGGGAGAUUGGAACGGGCCAGGAGCCAGCCUCGAGCGCCGUCGGUAGAGAGAACCCUAUUGAAAAGACCACCGAAGAGCCCGCUGCCCCAGCCCAGAAGGCUUCUGAAGGUGCCGAGGACGCCAAGGAUGCGUCUGCACGACAAAUCGCUGCCGUGACUGGAGGUCCUUCUGCCACCGAAGAGACGAGCGAGGCCGCUAAAGAAACCACAGAGGCCCCCAGAGAAUCAAUCGAGGCCCCCAAAGAAUCAACCGAGAGUGCUGCGGAGGAGAAUCGGCGCGCGGCGCUUCGAUCGCACCCCGUGACCGCCGACGAAUUGACUGAUAUGCAGACCCGGCGGAUGUCGUCCGUGGACGAGGGUCAAGCGGCAGCCAUGGCCCAGAAAGCACAGCAGAAUACGGCGGACCACGCCAGCGACAAGCCCUCAUCGCGACUGAAGUCCAGGCUCUCCAGGAUGCUCUCGGGCGGAUCCUCGAGGUCAGGACUGGACGAGUCAGUCAGUGAUUAUAACGAGGACGCCCAGACAGAUGGCCAGAAAGGCACUCCCAGAUAUGCGCACGCCAUGCCCGACGAGAGAGAACUUCUCCGCGAGAGUGCCACCGACCAGGGCUUGCCCGCUCCGGCUGCUGGAAAGAAUAUGACCAAUGGCGCUGGACGGGAGUCGCGAUUCUCUGAGGAUUUGUAGUCAAUUAUUCGUUGUCUUUUUUUCCUUUUUCUUUUUCUAUUCCUGUCUUUUUCGUGGAGAGUGGGGGUGGGUGUAUCUAUGGCUUCAGUUGUCACUCUGCCUGAAUGGCAAUCAUGACAGAGAGUAUUGAUGUUAUUGUUCUUGUCGACGUUCUUGUCAUCAUUACUG